CGCUAACUCCCGCUUAGUCCCGUCUGGCAGCUUGUAUUCCAACGUUUUAAAUAGGAUUGAACGACGCACUUCUCUGUCUCUCCGAUGGAGUCCGCAUUACCCGUAACUACGACGACAAUUGCGCUCUUCGCCGUCUCAAAAUCCCUCAGCCGCCAUCGCUUCUGCGGGUCUCCUCUUACUCAGUUGCUUCAUUGGCCACUCCUGACUCGCCGACUCAGAUGCAGUCGUGGUUUAGUUUCCUCGUCUCCGAGGAGCCUGCACGCUGCGGCGGUGAUACCUCCUAUACGAGGCCUUCCAAAGUGCUUCUCGAGCUCCGCUGCUUCCUUUGCGUCUGGCGGUGGGACCGGUGGCGGGUUCGGAGGAGGUAGCGGAGGCGGUGGCGGUGAAAAUGGAUCAGGCGGCGGGGACGCGAAGGGGAAUUUGGUUGCUGGAGGGGCCGAGGCGGUCACGGCACUCUCGCCUGAUGUGAUUAUACUCGAUGUCGGAGGAAUGACAUGUGGGGGAUGUGCAGCUAGUGUGAAAAGAAUUCUAGAAAAUCAACCCCAAGUGUCAUCUGCUAGUGUGAACCUGACAACAGAGACAGCUGUAGUAUGGCCUGUAUUGGAAGCCACGAGCUCACAAAACUGGCAACAACAUUUAGGGGAGGCACUAGCAAAUCAUUUGACUAACUGUGGUUUUAAGUCUAACCUUCGAGAUUCAGGAAGAGACAAUUUCUUCAAAGUCUUUGAAAAGAAAAUGGAAGAAAAGCGUUAUCGCUUAAAAAAAAGUGGUUCUGAGCUUGCUGUUUCCUGGGCUUUAUGUGCUGUCUGCCUCUUUGGUCAUCUAUCUCAUUUCUUGGGGGCCAAAGCUUCAUGGAUCCAUGCAUUUCAUUCCACUGGAUUCCAUCUGUCCUUGUCUUUAUUUACCCUUCUUGGUCCUGGGCGUCAACUCAUCCUUGAUGGUGUGAAAAGCCUUUUUAAAGGUGCUCCGAACAUGAACACGUUAGUUGGUCUUGGGGCUCUGUCAUCAUUUUCAGUCAGUUCAUUAGCUGUCCUAAUACCAAAACUGGGUUGGAAGGCUUUCUUUGAAGAACCUAUUAUGUUAAUAGCAUUUGUAUUGUUAGGAAGGAAUCUUGAACAGAGAGCUAAAAUUAAAGCAACCAGUGAUAUGACUGGACUUCUCAGGAUUUUACCAUCAAAAGCCAGGCUUCUCGUCAAUGGUGCAAAAGAGUUGGGCCCAACGGUUGAAGUUCCUUGUAACAGUCUCUCUGUCGGAGACCACGUUGUCAUACUUCCUGGAGACCGAGUUCCAGCAGAUGGAAUAGUCAGGGCUGGUAGAAGUACCAUCGACGAGUCUAGUUUCACAGGGGAACCACUGCCAGUGAUCAAAUUACCUGGGAGUCAAGUUGCAGCUGGAAGUAUAAAUCUUAAUGGAACCAUUACAGUUGAAGUGCGGAGACCAGGUGGCGAGACUGCUAUGGGAGACAUUGUUCGUUUGGUGGAAGAAGCACAAAGUAGGGAAGCUCCUGUACAGCGGUUAGCAGACAAGGUUUCUGGGCACUUCACUUAUGGAGUAAUGGCGCUCUCUGCUGCCACAUUUAUGUUCUGGAGUCUGUUUGGUGCACAUGUUCUACCUGCUGCUUUUAAUCAAAGAAAUUUGGUUUCAUUGGCACUGCAGCUCUCUUGCAGUGUUCUGGUAGUUGCUUGCCCGUGUGCACUAGGCUUAGCCACACCAACUGCUGUGCUGGUUGGAACUUCCUUAGGGGCAACCAGAGGAAUGCUUUGGCGUGGUGGAAAUAUCUUAGAGAAGUUUUCAAUGGUGAACACUAUUGUGUUUGACAAAACAGGGACACUUACCAUUGGCAGACCUGUUGUGACAAAGGUCGUGACUCCUGGAGAUGGGGGAAGUACAGAUUCAAAAGAUAAUUCCCAUCCUACCUGGUCUGAAGUUGAGGUCCUGAAAUUGGCUGCUGGAGUAGAAGCAAAUACAGUUCAUCCAGUUGGGAAAGCAAUAGUGGAAGCUGCUCGUGCUGUUAAUUGUCCGAGUGAAAAGGUGGUGGAUGGAACAUUCAUGGAAGAACCUGGGUCUGGUACAGUGGCAAUCAUUGGGAACAAAAAGGUCUCUGUAGGCACAUUGGACUGGAUUCAAAGGCAUGGAGUUAAUGAGAAUCCAUUUCAAGAAGUAGAGGAUCUUAAGAAUCAGUCCACUGUUUAUGUUGGAGUAGAUGACACUCUUGCUGGUCUCAUUUAUUUUGAGGAUCAAAUCAGGGAAGAUGCGGGGUAUGUAGUGGGAUCUUUGUCUAGGCUGGGAAUUGACAUGUAUAUGCUCUCUGGAGACAAGAGAAGUACUGCUGAGUAUGUUGCGUCUGUUAUUGGUAUUCCCAAAGAAAAGGUUCUAUCUGAAGUUAAACCUGCUGAAAAGAAGAGAUUCAUAGGCCAACUUCAGAGAGAUCAGAAAAUUGUGGCCAUGGUUGGUGAUGGAAUCAAUGAUGCUGCUGCUUUGGCUUCUUCAGAUAUUGGAAUUGCCAUGGGUGGGGGUGUUGGAGCUGCUAGUGAGGUGUCUUCUAUUGUGCUGUUGGGCAACAGGCUCUCACAGUUGCUCGAUGCUUUGGAGCUCAGCAGGCUAACCAUGAAGACUGUCAAGCAAAAUCUCUGGUGGGCUUUUGCGUACAAUAUUGUUGGGAUUCCAAUUGCUGCUGGAAUGUUGCUGCCAGUAACUGGGACCAUGUUGACUCCAUCAAUUGCUGGAGCCCUCAUGGGUUUGAGUUCGAUUGGGGUAAUGGCCAAUUCAUUGCUUUUGAGAUUCAAAUUCUCCACAAAACAAAAACAGAUACAUGGUUCAUAUGAAAAUCCCAAAAUCCGUUUCGAUUCUAAUCCUCGCAUGGAUCAAAAAGAGAAAAUUGAGCACCAUUAUUCCGAUGCUAGAUGGACAGAGAAAUGAUAACAGAAACAUAUGACAAAUGGAGAGCAAGCAUACCAGGAUAGAGACAUCGAGCCCAACCUUAUAGAAGGAUGAAAAGAAAUGAGCAUCCUUUCAAAUGUUGGAGGCAAGAAACGAUUAACAUCAUUGCUUCUGUGAAUACAUAUAUCAGUAUGGGACAGGAUUAAAAUUGUAGCAAAGAUUGUUUCUGGAACAACAUAUGUCUGGCUCACAGCUACAUUAGUUCCAACAUAAUUCUCUUGGCCGAUUGAUACAGAUAAUGUGUUUUUGAGGGUUUACGCUGUAAGAAAACCAGGCUGGCCAUACAUGCCUCUAUGGUGGUGGUUGAAUUUUGGUUUAUCAUUGGAAUUGUUGACUAUCUGCCUGUUUGGCUUUUGUAGCCAACAGCAGAGAUGACCCGAGAGAACAUAUUAGGGCUGUUAUCAAUUCGACUCUAGGGUAACUUUUUUAUAAAAAUAGAAAAUAAAGCAAGUGUCAAUAUUUUAAGAUGCA